GGGACGGCGCAGCACGGACAUGGCCUCCGUGCCAGGCGCCUUUGYGAGCCGGAGCGUACCUGUUGAAGUGGAUGAGUCCGUGACAUGGUCCCCAUUUGCCGGAGGUGCCUUGGAAGAGGCUUCGUGCCCCUCRGGAGAGCACGUGGAGGACGAGGAGCGCCGGGAGCCGGGAGCUCGGGCGCCGCAGCCCGACACGGGACCGUCGUGUCCCUACGGAUCGGCACCGCGUCACCCCCCUGCGCUGCCCCAUGGAGGAGCCUCGGAGCUGGACAGCAGGUUGUGGUCCAAGUACACGGAUCCCAAUGAGGAUGGGUGCCUCUCUUCCCCGGGGGAGUCAGUCGCUGGGAUAGUUCCCUCCAGGGYGCAACUUUUGGCUCUGGAAAAAGCAGGUGGGCAUCUGGGACGUCACCUUUCGGCUGCCCGCGGGCCCCGUUGCAGCGAACGGAGCGAGAGCCUGUCCCACACGGCGGAGCGUCUGCUGGAGGGCAGCAGCCAAGGGAGCUCCCCGCAGCCCUCCCAAAACAGACUCCCCGCGGAGCUGGCGCCUGUGGAUUCGGGAUGCAAUUCCCAGGCACGGGACAUCAUGGGCAUCAGGCACCUGGAGCCGCCCUUGCCCCUGGUGUCCGUGCUGAACCCCCAGGACCUCCCGGGACCCCUGAUCUCCAGAGAAUUUUAUGGACCUGAGCACCAGCAGUGUCCCCUGUGCCAGCGCUCGCCCCAUCCCAACGCGUCUUCCCAAGCUCACGGCUGCUUUGGGCACURCUGCCCCAUGGAGCAACACCCGCUGCACCCAUGUGCCAGAGGCCGCUUCCAAGAGGGUGCCCGCGCGUCCCAGCCGCUUCCCGCCGUGCCGGCGCCCUGCGUGAGAGUCAUCCGCCCGGCGCAGCGAGUCCUGCCCAACUGCUCCGGCCUCCGCGCCCCCAAGGGCGCCCCGGAGCGGCCCUGCUCCAACCCUGCUCCGCCGCGAUUCCCAGAGGCGCCGCGCGAGGAGCGGCGCGCGGGGCCCUGCGGUGCUGCGGUGCCCAGGCCCCUCAGCAGCCCCGCGCCCAGGGGCGCCCUGAAAACCAGCAACCUGCCCGAGGAGCUGCGCAAGGUCUUCAUAACCUACUCCGUGGACACGGCCGUGGAGGUCAUGAAGUUUGUGAACUUCCUGCUGGUAAACGGAUUUCAGACGGCCAUUGAUAUMUUUGAGGACACGGUCCGAGGCAUCGACAUCAUUAAGUGGAUGGAGCGCUACCUAGGUGAUAAGACCGUGAUGAUAAUCAUAGCAAUCAGUCCAAAAUACAAACAGGAUGUGGAAGGGGCUGAAUCCCAGCUGGACAGGGAUGAACAUGGCUUACAUACCAAAUACAUCCACAGGAUGAUGCAGAUUGAGUUUAUACAACAAGGAAGCAUGAACUUCAGAUUCAUCCCUGUGCUCUUUCCAAAUGCUAAAAAGGAGCACGUGCCUACGUGGCUGCAGAACACGCACAUUUACAACUGGCCCAAGAAUAAGAAGAACAUCCUGCUGCGGCUGCUGAGGGAAGAGGAGUACGUUGCCCCUCCGAUAGGGCCCUUACCCACGCUGCAGGUUGUGCCGUUGUGAACACUGCUCCUCAGAGCGCCGACGCGCAGCUGGGAAAGGGCUGCUGCCGGCGCGGAGCCACCCGCUCCCAGAUGGCUCCUGCCGCUGACAGGAGACACUCUUUCUGCUACAGGAAUGCGCUGUCCUGGGGAAGGCAGGCUCAGCUCGCUCUCCUCCACGUUACACAUUCCUUGCUGGAGCUCASGGGCACAACUCCU